CAAGCUGAUUGGCCGACCAAUCUGUCAUUCUGCUGACAGCCGCGAGGGGUGUGACCAAACAGACGCUGCACGACGAAGAACGAGCGCGCCCAUUGGCUUCUUUCCUGGUACACCUGUUCAAUUGCUUGUUAACACAAAUAUCUAAUCAGCCAAUCACGACAGAAACUCAAUGCAUCUAGGCAUGUAGACGUGGUCAAGACAACUUGCUGAAGUGUGGAUGAAAAUUCCUUGUUGAUGUCAGACGAGCAGGGGGCCGUUCUACGGCACUACACCGGAGCUCAGACUGGAGGAGGAAGAGAGGCCACACUAUGGACUGUGAAGGAGCCAGAUCCACAGGAUCCAGUAUGACUGCCGUACCAGACUGAUAAUAAACAAGGAAUGGCUCACGUGGCCAUACAGAGCAGGGUAGAAGAUGAGACCCAUGGAGCAGAUGUGUUGGAUGAAUUCACUGCCCCUGGAGAACAAAGGAGCUUUUUGGAGCAAAGCCGUGCCCAUGUGCAAGCAUUAUUCCCAGUGAUGUUCACCGUGCUGGGAUGUUUGGAGAACUUCAAUUAUGACGGAACAGAGAAUCCAACGAAUCGGGGCCGCAUUUGGCUGCAACUUAAAGGAAAAAGACAAGCUGUACUCAAAGCUAAGGAGUAUGUUAAAGGCCUUUGUGAGCCCGAGAUGGAAUUAAAGGAAAGCUACCCCAAGGAGAUGCAUUGCAUAUUUGCUGGUGCUCAGAGUUUAUUUCUCAACCGUCUCAUAACAGACACUUGUGCCCAUGUGGCCUUGGUGGAAAUCGGGGUCCUUAGUAUUAAAGGGGGAAUGGAACCUGUUGUCUUGGCUCAAAGUCACAUCCAACAAUUUGUUAGACUUUUUAGAAAGAGUGAAAUUUUACCCCAGGGUCAAGAGCCAGAGGUAAAACGGAGGUUUAAACAUUUCGUUGAGGAAAAUGCAGAUAAAUAUACAAUGGACUUAUUGUUGCUGCCCAGUGCUUUAAAAGAAGAGCUACUGAAUCUUACGACUGAGGACCAGUCUUGUUCAUCUCCAGAUAAUGCAGAUCUUGAGAUAGCCACAGUAAAUACCAGUGCUAACAACCAGGCCCAUAGUAGUCAAUGCACUGAACAGGUAAGAAGAAGCACAGGGACUCCUGUGACAGAGCUGACUAACCAGCUGGAUUCUGUAUUUGCCACUGUACCAGAGACCCUACCAAACCCUGCACUCGAGACUCUUUCCCAACAGGACAGAUUGUCAACAAAGAGACGAUGUUCAGAGAAUGAAGAAAGAUGCCUAAAGAAGCCAUUUUCUAUAGAAUGCAUUCAGUUAGAUAGUCCCGUCCCCAGAGCUGCUGGUAAGGCUGAUCUUUCCAUUAUUGACUUGGUAUCUGACUCUGGUGAAGACUCCCUUAUCAUUGUAGAAAAUUACAACGAUGUAAGUGCAGAAACGGAAUACAAAAUCCGUGUAAACUUUUUUAAGACUAUGGGAUAUUCUGAGGAAGUAGUUAAAAAGGUUAUCAAUGACUUGGGAGAGACUGUGGAACCCUUAAAACUUCUAGAGGAAAUAGAAAAAGAAAGCAAAAGGGUGCCAACAUCGCAGAGCCAGUUGCAGAAUAACAACUGCUGUCAGCAAAACUCCAAAGAUGUUAAUGUUCCUGAAAAGGAAUCUCUGCUACAGCAGGAGGGGAUGAUAGAUCCUGUCAGUACAUACACAUCCAGUAAUGGAGACUUUGUGAAGCCUAAGUCAAGUUGGUACAAUCACAUAGAUCCUGAAAGAUUGACUGAUCAAAGACCGGAAAUGGAAAAGACUUUACCAAAACAUAUUAGCUUUGUUGCAAGAGGUACUUCUAGUCUUCCAAAGAAUAAACAUAUCAAACUCCCAGAAGGACCAGGACCCUCCAACCUGCCUCCAGCUAUGGUUACAAUGCAGAUGCCGGUCAUACCCAGCAGCUCUAGUUUUUGCCCACCAAAACGUUUGCAAAAUGACCUAAUGCCCUCAGCAUCUGAGAGGCCAGACCUGCACAAGCCAUCUGUAACUGGAGUUCAAAUAUUCCUGAAUUCUAUUAAAACACCUUAUAGACUUGAGUUAAAAAAUGAGCCUGGAAGACCAAAUCUUAGACACAUCAUUAUUGAUGGAAGCAAUGUUGCUAUGAGCCAUGGGUUAUCGAAGUUCUUCUCUUGUCGAGGAAUUGCAGUCGCAGUAGAAUAUUUUUGGAAGAAAGGACACAGGAAAAUCACAGUGUUUGUUCCUCAAUGGAGAACAAAGAGAGAUCCCAAUAUCACAGAGCAACAUUUUCUUCAGCAGCUGGAAGAACUGGGAAUCUUAUCUUUCACCCCUUCAAGGACAGUGUUGGGUUCUCGAAUAGCAUCACAUGAUGACAGGUUCCUUCUGCACUUGGCAGAGAAGACUGGAGGAAUCAUAGUUACAAAUGACAAUCUGAGAGAGUUUGUUGUUGAAUCUCAUGAAUGGACCAAGAUUAUCAAAGAAAGAUUAUUACAAUACACUUUUGCUGGUGAUAUCUUCAUGAUCCCAGAUGACCCAUUGGGACGAUAUGGGCCAAAGCUGGAUGAUUUCCUCAGCAAUCAGCCUGAGCAUAGAAAUUAUCCUCUCACCCCUCGUCCAUUGGACAGUGGCGUGUUUUUUCCCAGCCAUGACAUCUCUGUCUCCGGGACGUUCCAAACCUGCACUGAUGACUCAAAUCACAGAGCUUUCUUACCCAUAGACAAAAAACCUACACUCAGUCCGGCCAUGCAGAACAUCCUGCGCCCACAGGCUAUCGUCCCCCCACAGAGGACUCCUCACGAGACUUUGUCACUAAAAGAUGCCCUAUUAAAAAUAUUUCCUGAAUCCCAACAAAGGGAGAAAAUUAACCAGGUCUUGGCUGCACAUCCUUACAUGCGGGAUCUCAAUGCACUGUCAGCUAUGAUUCUCGACUGAGCACAGUCAUGCCCUAUUUUAUGUUGAUGCUUCUCAUCUUUCCUAAGCAAACCUGUUUUAUUUGCCAAACCUGUUUAUUUGCCCCAUAUUUGCCUUCUCUGUGCCAGACCUGGCACCAAUGCAAUCAUUGUUUUGUUUCCUGUACUAAUAUCCAUUGUUUCUUUGAUAAGACUAGGAAAUUAUUAGGUUGAAUACAGAUAAAACAUAUGAAUGUAAAGUUUUAUAUUUCUAUUUCUCUAAAAAGUCUGACCCGUAAAUGCACUUAGAUACAGACAUUUUGUCUUUACACUAAUUUAAGGGUUUGACUAGCUGCCCUCUCCCAGAUAAACCUCUUAAAGGGGUACUCCGCCUCUAGACACCUUAUCCCCUAUCCAAAGGAUAGAGGAUAAGAUGUCUGAUCGCGGGGGUCCUGCCGCUGGGGACCCCCGCCAUCUCUGCUGUGGCAGCACCCCACUGUCAUUACGCACAGAGCGAGUUCGCUCUGUGCAGUGAUGAUGGGCGAUACAGGGGCCGGAGCAUCGUAACGUCACGGCUUCACCCCCUCGUGGUGUCACAUUCCGCCCCCUCAAUACAAGUCUAUGGGAUGGGGUGUGGCGGCCAUCAUGCCCCCUCCCAUAUACUUGCAUUAAGUGAUGUCACGCGGAGCCAUGACUUCACGAUGCUCCGAACCCUGUAUGAUGACAGCGGGAUAGGGGAUAAGCUUUGGAUAGGGGAUAAGAUGUCUAGGGCGGAGUACCCCUUUAAAUUCUGAAAUUUAAAUCAUAUUGAUAAAGCAUUAAACCAGUUUGCAGCCAAUAUACAGCUCCCUAAACUAUAGUCUGAGGGAUAGGGGUUGCAGUGCUUCCAUAUUCUACUGAAUUAGAGAUGAGCGAACUUACAGUAAAUUCGAUUCGUCACGAACUUAUCAGCUCGGCAG